AUGAUUAUCUAUUUAGGCAUACCAAAACGUGAAUAUGAACAAAAUUAUCGUGAUAUGAAUAUUAAAUAUAAAUUAAAUAUUAAAAAACAAAUCUUAGAUAAACGUUUACAAGAUAAAUAUCAUUAUACAACUAAUACAAUAAUUUUACCAACAUUUUUAUUAUCAAGUGGUUUUACAUUAAAAUUAUCUCCACUAGAUAUUGUUGAUUCAUUGAUGUCAACACUACAAACAGUAUCAUCGUCAUCAUCAGCGUCAUCUUCAAAUUCAAAUUCAAAUUCAAAUUCAAAUUCAAUGAUGAUUGAUUUAAGCGCACGUUUUUCAUAUGCAUUAUCAUGUUUAAAUUAUCAUCAGUUAGAAGAUUAUUUAAAUGGUAUUGAAUUAGAAAAGACUUAUACGAAAAAAACUCAUUAUUUAAUUGAAUCAUUAUUACAAUCAGAUAAAAAUCUUUCAUUUGAUAAUACAAUACCAUUUAUUUUACUUAAAUUUGAUCAAAAUAUGUUUAAUUCAUCAACAACAACUGAACAUACAACAUCAUGUGGAUUUUUUACUCAUCCAUAUCAAGCAUAUUUAUUUGCACGUAAUGCAUUACAAAUAUUAAUAUCAUAUACAUCAUCAUCAACAAAUAUUGUAAAGAAAAAAAAAUCGAAACAUUUACAACGUUUACCAUUAAUUUUAAUUGCUCCAUAUUCCUCGUCAAGUUCAGGAGAAGAAUUAGUUGAAAUUGUUGUUGGUGUACCAGCAUUAAAUAAUAUUAUGAUGAAUUCAUUUUCAACAUUAUUUGAAGCAGCUGAUCAUCGUUGUGGUAAUGUAGCUAAAUUUGUAUUUUUUGAUCAUUCAGUAUUAUUAUUACAAGAACAACAUCAACAAAAAUUUAUUGAUGCACUUAUGUUUGUGCUUGCGAAAUAA